GGCCGGGAGAUGAAGUACAAGCGAAGGAGAAAAGCACAAAAAAAUCUCACUCAUUUUGGAGGACACUACACAUCCAAAUAAUUCUCAAAGAAACAACACAUACUUAAGUUUUUAAAAUGUUAUUUGGACAUGAUUUCAUUGUUAGCGUAAAUACCGAAAGUUCCGAUUAUGGUCACUAGGGGCGUUAGCACACAGUGGUGCUUUAUGGCGCAAUAGCUGAUCAUUGAUUCGAAGAAGAAGAAGUUUUACUGUUUAUACUAUAGGGUCUUGUUAGCCAAUGAAGACAAGCUCAGCGGCUAAUUGUGUCCUCCAGCCGCUGGACCUCAGUCGGUUCCUGCGCGCAUCACGAUAACAUCUGGUUGCGUUAGCGGUCCACUCGCCUUGUCUCUGGUUUGUACAAUUUGUGUGCUGCCAGAGGUUUUAUCAUUGGGACUUUUGACCCUCCUCAUGCUAAGCUAGUUCGCUAGCUGCUGCUUUCUCAUCGUCUGCUUUCAAGCUAACUGGACGACACAAGCUCGGGAUGUGCAAUGGCAUCGGUUCGGGUAGCUGUCCGGGUCAGACCCAUGGACAGGCGGGAGAAGGACUUGAUGGCCAAGUGUAUCAUCAAGAUGGAUGGAACCAAAACCACCAUCACCAACCUCAAGAUCCCUGAAGGCAUCACGGGGGAUUCCACGAGGGAUCGAACAAAGACCUUCACAUACGACUUUUCCUACGACUCCGCUGACUGUAAGAGCUCGACCUUUGUCUCACAGGACAAGGUCUUCCGAGAUUUGGGCUCUGACGUGCUUAAGGCAGCGUUUGAGGGCUACAAUGCCUGCGUCUUUGCUUAUGGUCAGACAGGCUCUGGGAAAUCCUACACCAUGAUGGGAAAUCCAGGAGACGCGGGUUUGAUCCCCAGGAUCUGCGAGCGUUUGUUCGGCCGCAUCGCAGACGCCACUCGGUGGGACGAAGCUUCUUUCCGUACAGAAGUCAGCUACCUGGAGAUCUACAACGAGCGUGUCAGGGAUCUGCUGAGGAGGAAGUCCACUCAGACUUACAACCUGAGAGUGAGGGAGCACCCCAAGGAUGGACCUUAUGUAGAAGAUCUGUCCAAACACCUGGUCCAGAACUACAGCGAUGUAGAGGAGCUCAUGGAGGCAGGAAACAUCAACCGCACCACUGCUAGCACGGGCAUGAACGACGUCAGCAGCCGCUCGCACGCCAUCUUCACUAUAAACUUUACGCAGGCUAAGUUUGAUGCUGAGAUGCCCAGUGAGACUGUCAGCAAGAUCCACCUAGUGGACCUGGCUGGCAGCGAGCGGGCAGACUCCACUGGUGCCACAGGUGUCAGGCUGAAAGAAGGCGGCAACAUCAAUAAGUCUCUGGUCACACUGGGAAACGUCAUCUCUGCUCUGGCUGACCUGACGCAGGACGGCGUCAACACCAACCAGAAGAAGAAGUCUGUCUUUGUCCCUUACAGAGACUCUGUGCUAACAUGGCUGCUCAAGGACAGCCUGGGCGGGAACUCCAAGACCAUCAUGAUCGCCACCGUCUCCCCCGCCGACAUCAACUACGGCGAGACGCUGAGCACGCUGCGGUAUGCCAACCGUGCCAAGAACAUCAUCAACAAGCCCACCAUCAACGAGGACGCCAAUGUCAGGCUGAUUAGAGAACUGCGGGCGGAAAUCGCCAGACUGAAAGCUCUGCUGAUUGAAGGCAAUCAGAUUGCUCUGCUGGAUUCUCCCACUGCUCUCAGCAUGGAGGAGAAGCUGCACCAGAACGAAGCACGAGUUCUCCAGCUGACUAAAGAAUGGACCAACAAGUGGAACGAGACACAGAACAUCCUCAAGGAGGAGACACUGGCGUUGAGGAAGGAAGGCAUUGGCGUGGUUCUGGACUCUGAGCUGCCUCACCUCAUCGGCAUUGACGACGACCUCCUCAGCACUGGCAUCAUCCUCUACCACCUCAAAGAGGGACGCACAUUUGUGGGUAGAGAGGACGCGUCCACAGAGCAAGACAUCAUUCUGCAUGGUUUGGACCUGGAGAGUGAGCACUGUGUGUUUGAGAACCAGAAUGGUACUGUGACGCUGGUACCACUCAGUGGAGCUCAGUGUUGUGUUAACGGUGUCCAGGUGACGACGCCCACUCAGCUCAAUCAAGGUGCUGUGAUCCUGCUGGGUAGAACCAACAUGUUCCGUUUCAACCACCCCAAAGAGGCAGCCAAACUGCGAGAGAAACGCAAGAGCGGCCUGUUGUCAUCCUUCAGUCUGUCCAUGAGCGACCUGUCCCAGUCCUGUGAGAACCUCUCCACUGUCAUGCUGUACAACCCGGGGCUGGAGUUUGAGCGACAACAGCGUGAGGAGCUGGACAAGCUGGAGGUGAAGAGGAGGCUGAUCAAGGAGAUGGAGGCCAAGCAGCAGAGUGAGAAGGCGGAGCUAGAGCGCCUCCAGCAGGAGGUGGAGAGCCAGCGCAAGGAGUCUGAGGAAGUGCAUCAGAGGAUCCUCCGCCAGGAGGAGAGCCUUCGCCGCCGCAGUCAGGACAUGGAGAUCCUCCUGCGCCACCUCCUGGAGGAGAAGCAGCGCUUUGAGGAGGACAGACGCUCCCAGCUCCAGGAGGUGCAGGAGGGAGCAGAGGAGAAGCAAGACGAAGAGCAAAGGGAGAUCUACCGAGAGCUGGAAGAGCUGAAGAGGGCGCGUGAGGAACAGCAUGCACGUCUUGAGACUGAAAGGAGGCGUUUGGAGGAGCAGGAGAAGGAGCAGCUGAGCUUAGUCGGGAGGCUGCAGGCACAGCUAAGGGAUGAAGAGGAGGCCGCACUCUCCCUGCAGAGCCAGGAGGAGGCAGGCCGCCUGGAGGAGGAGCAACGAUCGCUGGCCGACAUCAGGGAGGCGCUCCUGCGGGCCAGGGAGGUGGGAGGAGCCAUUGAGGAGGCGAGGAAUGCUUGUGAUCGCUACACAGACUUCAAAGGAACUCAGGUGGAGGAGCUGGGCCGCAUGGAGGAGGCGCUUCAGCGGCAGAAGGAACAUUUGGAGAAGGAGGUCACCUCUCUGAUCCCCCUGGCCCAUAACCUGAAGGAGGAGCAGCAUCUGCACUCCAAGGAGCGCCAGCUGAGGAACCUGGCCCAGAACCUCCUCCCCGCGCUGGCCGAGGAGAAACAGCGAGCAGAGGAGCUGCUAGAGCAUCCUCCUGGCCCACAGGAGCUCCUGUACCAGGUGGAGAAGGAACUGCAGGAGAAGGAGGAGAAGCUGGAGGGCCACCGGGCCUGCGCUCAACACCUCUUGCACCUCCAAGAGACCUACCAAUUCACGGCUGACGUGGCUCGUCAAGAAGAAAAGGUGAGGCUCAAGGAGAAGGAGAUCCUGGAGUCCAAAGAGAAGCAGCAGCAGGAGGCCUUGGAGGAGGCGGUGGGCCGUCUGAAGAGGAGGCACUUGGCCCUCAGACGCUGCGCCUCCAUGGAGGAGAAAGUCGCACACAGGGAGGAGCAGGAGAGCUACAAAAGAGAGGAGAACAGCAGGACGACUCACGUGCACACACUUCUGCCGCUCUCAGACGACCGGAUUAACGCCUAUAUCGAGGAGGAGGUGCAGAGGAGGCUACGCAACAUGAACCUCCUGAAUGGUCUGUCGCUCUCCUGCCAGCCGCUCCAGGAGGAACAAGCAAGCACGUCGACACAGGAGGAAGACAAGCCGCCAAAUAAGAACAAUCCACUAAAGUUCAAAUACGAGACGGACGCAAGCGUCCACCAAAACCCUCCUGAAGCUCAGCAGAACCCUCAGGCAGAACCAGGGACCUGGGAAGAAGAGCCAGCGUCCAUGCUUGAGUUCAGAUUCGGUUGGGAUCACAUGGAUGAAAACAGAAACAUGACAGAGCAUGUGGAUAAGAGGCGGGUCCGGUCACUGGCAUGUGACCCGGCUUCUUCCGAAGAGCUGACAGGCCACGGAACCAGAACUUGUUCUCACCAGAACUCUGAAUCAAAGGAACCCUAUGAUGGUCAAACUGUCCCCCUAGAAUCUAAAAAGAGGUCCAGUUUGGGCUACUUUGCUGUGAAGUUGUCUGAGGUGUACAGAACCGCCGGUCUGGGUCUGCAGGUGACGCGUGACAUCUUUCACGGUGUUGGCGUGCGAGAUGUGAAGGACUUGUUGUCUUACUAUGUGACCCUAAUGUCCAAAGAAUUUCCCCUGAUCCAUCUCAGGGAGCCCACAGCAGAACCUGUUGCAGAUCCAGCAGUAGAACCGCCUCAUGUCCACACGGGACACAAAGUCAGUUUGUUGAAUGUGGCAAAGGAUGGAGCUCUUCCUUUGAGUGUGGACUGGUCCAAUCUGGCCAAAGGUUCUGUGUCUUGUGUGAAGAGCUUUGGUCCUCAUGUGUUCUCUCAAAGUCUGGUUCUGAUGCCGCCAGCUUUGGACCGCCUCCAAGCGUCUCCCUCACACAAGAUGCUGGAAACGUUGGAGACUCUGGCACCGUGCUCACGGGUCGGCCUGCUGCUGAGCGUUUUCUGGCUGAGAACGGCCAGCGCCGAGAAGCCACUGCCUCAAGCAGCAUGCCUGCUUGUGUCAGAAAAGGCAUUAACUGUGGUCUCAAGCGGAGCCGGUUCUGAAGACACCUUAGCUGUUUUCCAGCAUGUGGGUCUCUGCCAGAUCCACAAGGUCCAGAUCAGCCUGGCGGGACAACACGUGCACUUGCUGGGCAGUUCUAAUGAUGUCCUCCUGGUGGUAUUCACCCACAGCAAGGAACUCGCACAGGAGUUCUGCAGGGUGGUACUGAAUGCUGUUGCCCCAGAAAAGUCCUCCGAGUUGGUCAAAGGUCACCCAUUGUUGGACAAUGACCUCAUGGUUUUGUGUCUGGAUUGGACCGCCAGAGUUCCUGACAUUGUUAUGGACCAUCUCGUCAUCACCUCCAGAUUCAAGCGGGUUCUGGCGGACCUGCUCUAUGUAGUCCAUGGCAACAUGGCCGGUUCUGACAAGCCCUCGCUGGCUGCCAUCCAACCUCUGCUCUAUACCAGUACCAGGAUCUCCUGCACAGACCCAGACGCCAUCUUGCAGUUCUUCCUAACAGAUACCCACGUGGUUCUGCUCCAGGAGGAUGCCGUCUUCCACCCGGCACUACCCGGGUCCAUUUUGCUUCCCGUCCAACCGCAUUUCCGGAUCCUGGACCUGAGGCGUCGUAAGGACAUCAGCUGUGUGCUCCUGAAGCGGAGACAGGAGUGUCUGCUGGUCCAGAUAGUCUUCAAGAAUCCACCAAAUGGGUCAACCCAUCAGAGCCAUUCCUGGAAGCUAUCUUUUGGUUGCAUACCAGAAGUUGCCAUCCUAGUUCAACACCUGUGCAGCUGAAAGGCCAAACGUUGGACCAAGACCUGGUUCUGAUGUGCUUUUAAAAGAUAAUGUAAAAUGUCAAAUCAAAAUGAUUAUAACCAAGAAUAAAUUCCUCAGGCAAGAAGAUGGUGCACUUCUUUACUUUGGUACCAAAUUUUACACAAUUUUCAUGGUGUUCCUGUUGUCACGUCAAGUGGUGAAGGGGAUCAAACUGGAUCGCUGCUUUCAGGUUGGGUCCUGUCUGGUCCAGUCCAGCAGCAUUAUGUUUGCGUACCAAAAGGUGGUAGACAUCAGUUAUUUUGGUACCCAUCACCAAACAAAAGUAGAUUUUUUUUGGUGGUUCUGUUGAGUCAACACUGUCCACAUUUGU